AUGAAUCAAAUUGCGCUGGUCCAGAGUUCACCUCGAUUCCAGUGUGACCGGUUCUGGGACUCGCAUAAUGCUUGGCUAUCACCGUGUGCAUUGCCAUAUCUGGCAUGCAUACCGGCCUUCAUAGUAUUGCUUAUUGCAUUAAGCCACGUACUUGGAUACUUCUGCCAGCGAUGGCGCCCCAAGUGGACUGUUCCUUUUAUUUCCGAACAGCAUGAUAGCCAAGAGCUCCAACUAGAUCACCCCAAGCAAUCAUUGCGAUGGAUUGUCCUUCUCCUCAUAUUUACGGCUACUGGGCUUGUAGCCGAGACAGUUCAGUUUGUUCCUCCGGGGAUUGAUACCUCGGCGUUUGUACUUGUUCUCUCAUGGGUCGGUUCUCUACGUCUCUAA